AUGGAGCUGCGUCGUAGCCUCAUAGCCUUCAGCUCUGUCUCUGCCGUCUGUCUCUCGCUCAUGCUCGUUGUCUGGCACUAUGGGGGAGCUCAGAGUGUCACUCUGCUGCACGAAGCUGAAUUCACAUCAGCAAGAAAUAGAUUAUCCGCAGCCAUGAUAAGUGGCGACGUCUUCGGUCGAAGGAGAGUAAGCGAGCAGAGACAGGUCAAGUUCCAGCAACCUCCUUCGUCUCCUCAGAAAUACUACAAGGGAGAUGACAUCAGCGCAAUGAAAUCGGAAGUGAAGCAUGCGAGUGAUCAAGUGCAGCGGCUGAGCAACCGAGACGUCGGGCUGGAGAGGGUCGCGGACUCCAACGCAUUGGAGGACCUGAAGAGGUACGAUGACGUGUUCAGCCAAGGGUUGGACAACUACAAGCAGACCCAGCAGCACAUCGAUCAUCUCAGCUAUAAGACAUUCCAUCGACACGACGUGAAGAAGCCUGUAAAGCCCGCCUAUGACCCUUUUAAGGAUGAAGAGCGAGUGUGGAACAAGGCUGGAGUGAGCGGUGACGUGUUGGGCGUCCCUGCGGAAUACCAUCACUCGAUCUCAUCGAACCCAGGAGACUUGAAGAACGUGCCUGACUACGUGAAGCGAGCUUACAACGAGCUGGGCAGUGGGGCUGUGGAGGCCAUGAAGGAGAACUGGCCCGUUGCUCCCAAGGGGCAUCAGAAGAGGGAGAGGGCAAGGCCACGGAACAUCAAACCGAUGAGCAGCCGCGCCUCGCACAUGUCGAGCAGGCAAACAGCGAAAGCACGUGCUCUACAGCAACCAGAGCAAGACGAGGUGACGCCCUCCACAGCGGCCUCAGCUUCAGCCACCCGAGUCGUGCAGCGUUCGAAGCCUUCGUUGAGCAAAGAGAUGGUCAAGGCUGUGCAGCAGGUCGCGAGCCCGCUGGUGUGGGCGAAAGCUGUUCCAUUGCAACAACCAGUUGUGACUCGAACACAGCCGGUAAAGGCUGUCGAUAUGCCCAACAUUGAACGACAUGCGAAGCAGCAGCAAAUCGCGAAAGUUCAACAGCCUCAGGCUGAAUCGAAGGAGGCGGUGCGGAAAGCAGUGAACAUUGAGAUGAUACGCAAGAUGGCGAAGCAGUAUGAAGACAGUCAGGCUCCGGUUAAGAGGUCUCCUGCACGUCUCAUCACUCCCACGUCUUCGGCUGCGGUUGAACCAGCACCAGAAUCCAAGGGGGACGAGCUCAAGAAUGAAAUCUCGCGGCUUCACGGGGAGAUCGCGAAGCUUAAGGAACAAGCAGAGAUCCGCAAGCUCAAGAGGCAGAUCGUCAAGCUGAAAGUCUCGCUAGUGGGCAAGCUCGCACAGGAGAACAGUAACUCCUCUCAGCCUGAAGAAUCGGCUGCGCAGGAAAGCCAGGAAACCCCUAAGGAGGACAAUCAGGAGAAGGACAAUCAGGAGGAGGACAAUCAGGAGGAGGACAAUCAGGAGGAGGAAAAUCAGGAGGAGGAGAAUCAGGAGGAGGAGAAUCAGGUGGUCCAGGAGGAACCAGACAGCAAGGUUGCAGAAGCAGAGCAUGAUCAGAAGUCAGCUCCUGCUGCUGCCGUUGCCGCAGAUUCUUCUACUGAGGCUGUCAGGCGAAAAGUCAAAGUCUGCGAUGGCCUGGGCUGCUACAGCCAGGCGCUUCCACACCAGCCGGCGCCAACUGAGAUGGAGCUUUUCUUCCCCGGCAAGAACACUUGGGAGCCCGAAGUUCAUCUCAACAGCCAGGGAGAGAUCCGAGCAGACCAUGACGACCCCAACGGGCACUUGAUGCCCCACAACAAGUACCAGACUGCCCUUUACCCCGACGGUCGCCACAGGCAGCGCGAUGCUAAGAACAGCCAGCCGGGGAUCACAAACUCGGUGGCCUCGCAGCUGUUCGAGGACACCAUCGUCAAGGCGGCCCCCGGGUUUAACGCGGGGCUGGGACGCCACACGCGAGCGCAGGAGGCGGAGGACUGGGAGAGGAAUUGGGAGACGAGGAUCUACGACAAGAGGACGGGAGAGACGCUCGUGUAG